AUGAAGGAUGGCGAUGACGACGACCUGGCUCUCGCCAUCGCGCUGUCCAAAUCGCUCAUGGUCGCGUCGCCCAUCGAGUACGGCGACCCCACGCACGGAGCAGGCGGCGACGAGGCCUCCUACCCCCCGCCAGCCUACUCGGCCUUUGCGGGCCAAGAGGCGCUGCAGGCGGCGCGCGCGCUGCUGCGCAGGCUGGCGCUCGGCCUUGUCGUGACGCUGGUGCAGGCAGCGGCGGCGGCGCUGCUGCUACCGCCGGCGGGGGCGGGGAGGUCGCCUCCGGGCGGAGGCGAGAGCGACUCCGACGAGGGCGGCGACGGCCGCGACGCCUCGCCGCUCGCCGCCCUCCCUCUCAUGGCUGCGCCGCUGCUGGAGAUGGCGCGGCUGUGCGUGCGGGCGAUCGAGGUCCGCGGCCGCGUGGCGGAGGGGCUGCUCGGCGAGCCGACGAGCGGACGCCGCCGCCUCGCCGCCGCUUGCACCCGCCUCCUCGCCCCGCUCGACCUGCGAUCGCUCGUGCUCUCCGGCGCCGCACCGCCGGGUGGUGGAAGCGCGUGCGAGCUCCUCCGGCUGCUGUCGGCGCUGUUGUGCACGUUUUGCCUCUCGGCCAACUUGCCGACGGGCUCGGCCGGCUCGCACACGCUCGGCAGCGCCGUCGGCCGCCGCCUGAGCGCCGUGCUUUGCCGCGGGCUGCUGCCGGCGGCGCUGCGGCUGAUUCGGCGCGAGGCGGCGGCGAUCAAGGCGGGGCGCCGCGCGUGGGCGGCCCUCCGCGCCUGCCAGCCGCAGCCCGCCGAUCCGCGGGCCGUCGCGCUGCUGCUUCGCUGCACCUCGCGCUUGCUCGUCGACGUCGACAGCGAGCACGACCAGGCGGCGGCGGCGCGGCUCGAGUCGGUGCCGGUCCGCCUCGCCGGAGGCUUCAACCUCGCCGCCGAGGCGCCGUGCUCGGACGAGCCGCCGCAGCCGGCCGGCUCGGUCGGCGCGCAGCUGUCGCUGCAGCUGUCCCUGCUCUCGUUUCUGGGCGGGCCCGUGCUCGGGCGCGAGGCGCCCGCCGCCCUCGCGCCGCUCGUCCGCCGCUCGCUCGGCACCCGCCACGCGGUCGUGCGGACAGGCGCCAUCGACCCGGCGGUGCCGCCGGGCGGGCAGCUCGCUCCGCCGGCCGUCUUGGCCGCCGCCGCAGCCGACGACAGCGGCCGGGACGAGGCGGCACUGCUGCGGAGCCUGCUGGCGCACUUGCUCGCCGUGGACGCGGCAGCUGUCGGCGGCGGCUUCGACGGCGACGGCGCGUCGGCUUCUGGGGCCGCCUGGAUGGAUGUCGGCCGCGGGGCGGGCGGCAGAGGCGCCAGCGAGAGUUGGCGUCUCUCUGCGGCGGCCUCUGCGAUGGCCAGUGAGGUCUUGCGCGCACGCACUCAGCUCGCCAUGGACGCGGUGUUGCGCGCGUGCGCCGCCGCCGCCGCUUGUGCGUCCGGAGGCGGCGAGGGGCUCGUGCUGCAGUGCGGUGCUCUCGGCCGGCAGCUGCUCGGCCUCUGCCUCGACGGAUGGCAGGCGCACUGCGCCCCGCGGCUCACUGCGGCCGCGACUGCGCUCCUGCCCGCGGCGGCUGCGCGCGCCGCGUGGGCGGAUGUCAUUCGCACGGGCCGGCUCCACGCCGCGGUCUCCACUGCCCUCGACGCAGCGAUGCCUCCCGCCGCGUCUGCUUCGCACUCUGCCGCGGUCCUCGGGCUUGCCCUGGACAAGCUCGAGGGACUGCUCGCGUCGAACGACACGGCGGCGCACGCGUUGCUCUGCUACCUGCUCUGCGCCGCCCCGGCAGGCGGCCAUCUCGACGAGCGGGCGCUCAGCGCAACGCUCGCCCUGCUGCGGCACGAUGAGCGGCUUGGACGAGACCGUGCCGCCGGCUGGCCGCUGGCGCCGCGCACGGAGCCGCUUGUGCUGCGGCUGACGCUAUCCCUAGUUUCCUUGCGCGAGGGUGAGCUAGAGACCGGCGCUUCGCCGCCGGCCUCGGGCGACGCCGCUGCCGCGGCGUCCGGCAGCAGCGGGGGUGGCGCGUGGCAACGGCUGUCGCAGCUCCUCGGAGCGCUCCUGCUCGCACCGGCGGAGGGCGAGAGCCCACACGCGCUGGCUCAGGCCGCGCUGCAGGCGCGGCUCUGGCCGGCGCUCCGUCGCCACCUCGAGAAGUGUUGCGCCUCGACGACGCAGGGCACUCCGUUCCGCGGGGACGGCACCACGCCUCCGCAGCCGUGCCUGUGGUCGGCUUGGGGCGCCGACCUCUUCGCACUGAUGCGCGGCUUGGCGGUCGCGGGUGGCGGCGCGCUCGCGCUCUCCGCCUCCGACGCGGAGGCGAUGGAGAUGGUUUGCGCGCCGGUGACCGCCGGCGGCGCGGUGGUCCUCGCCCGCGGGUCUGUGGACGAGUCGAACGCGGACUUGGCCUUGCCUGACGAGGCGUCGGCAGUUGAGCGGCGCGCGAGGCAGCUGGCGUGCCGCGUGUGCACGUACGCGGUGACCGGCUCCAACUUCACCGACCAGCACUGGUACUACUGCUACACGUGCGGCCUCACCCAGUCGGAGGGCUGCUGCUCCGUCUGCAUCCGCGUCUGCCAUGCCGGCCACGUCGUCUCGCUCGCGCUCCUGCGCUGCAUGGCCGAGUCGAGCUUCGUGACGGUCGUCUUCGGCGCCUACGAGUGGCUGCUCUCGCUGGCGCAGGCGGAGGAGCGCGCCGCCGCCGCCGUCGGCAUCGCCGCGUCGGAGCCGGACCUCUUCCCAACCGCCCUCGGCUUUGAGAUCGUCUCGCUCGCCUUUUGCCCGGCCGACAGCACGCUGCUGCUCGUGGCGGGGCUGCGUGCCGCCGCCGUCCUCACCGUGAGUCCGCGCGGCGAGGUCUCGGUGCGGCUGCCGCUCGAUUUGGGGCUCGAGACGCCGACGGCAUCGAGCCCGCCGCCGUCGCUGUUGCGCGCGCUGUGGGCACCCGGGGUGGCUCCAUGCGUCGGCCUCCUGAGCGGCGGCCCUGCGGGCUGGGUCAAGCUCUACGAUCUCCGCCGCCACCGCGGCGCGCCGUUUGCCCACCUCGCGCCUCCCGACGAGCCUCUCAAGGACGUCACCUUCGCCACCGACGCUGCGGCCGGGCCGGAGGCCGCCUCUCCGGGCUUGGUCGUGCUCGCGAUGAGCGGGGCGGCCAGCGUCGCCGCUGCGGCGGGCGCGCCCUGUGGUGGGAGCGGCGGCGCGGGAAGCGCGACGCUCCAGCCGCUUCUCCUGUGUGUCACUCCGGCGGCCAUCGAGGCGACAAAGCCACCCGGCGGCGGCGGCUCGCAGCUCGACUCGUUGCGCGCCGCGCUGCUCCGCGCCUUCGAGCGUCGGACGAGCGCCACGCGGCUUGCCUUCCGCGUGGACGCCUUCGAGGAGGGCUCCUGCGUCACCUCGUCGCCGGAGGUCACCCUCUUCGUCGACGCGGCGCGCGGCGCCCCAGACAGCAUCAAGGCGCGCCUCUCCGCCGCGUCGGACGACUGCAUCGUCGGGCAGGUCGAGUACGGGCCGAUGACGCUCUCGGUGAGCAACUCGUCGUCGGACCUCGUGCCGAUCGGAGUGCGGCUGCUCCUCGGCGCGUCGCACCCGCACCAGGUUCCGUCGUCGAUCCGGCUCUUUGGGCGGACGGUGUCGACCGUGGACGGCGAGCGCCGCUGGUACGAUUUGCCGUUCACGCCGGCCGAGUCCAUCGUUGGCCAGCGCUCCUUCUCGCUCACUCUGGCGCCGGCGCACUCUGGCGCCGGCCCUCCCGUCCUCAACGCUGUGGAGGUGUUUGGGGCCACGCGGCGCGAGUUCGGCUUCGACAUGCAAGUGACGGCGCUCUCGGCGAAGCACCUCACCCCCAGCGCGGCCUCGUCUGUCCACGGGGGCGAGGGCGGCCUCCGCCGCCGCCAGAUCCUGGUCGGGCUCGAGACGGCACUGACGGAGCUACGAGCGUUGCCCCGCGCGCUGAGGCUCGACGGCUCGCUGGCAACCCUGCGCCGGCCCGCCAAGUCGCUGCUGCGCCUCCUCGAGCCGCAGCGCGAGCGGUACCACGAGAUCAAGGACGGCGCCCUCUUCCGCCACACGGCCGCCGUCGCGGAGGCGCUGGCUGCCGAGCCCUCGAGCGCGGGCGCCGCGGCCGCAAUGUCUGCGGCGGUCGGCGGCGCCGACCGCGCAGCUCUCGGCAGCGCGUCUGCCGCCGCGGCGGCGCUGCUGCCGCUGCUCUCGGCGCUGUGCAAGGUGGUCCAUAAGAGGCCGCAGUCGCUGCUCCGCCACCACGCGGUGGAGGAACCGCCGCCGGCCGCCGAAGAGGGCGGCGGCCGGGCAGCAGAGCCGUCGGGCGGCCCAGCGCCCGCGCCGCCGACGGCUGCCGAGCUCGACGCGCUGCGCCCCAUUUGGUCGCAGCUCUCGGCGCUGCUCCUCUCGCAGAGCGAGAGCGUGCGCACCGCCACGGCCGCCGCCCUCUCCCGCGCGCUCCUCUCCUCGCUGCCGAGCGGGGCAGCGCCCCCCUUUGACGGCUUCGCGGGCAUGGGCGGGGCGAUGGGCUCGGCGAAGAGCGUCGAGUUUCUGGUGGCCAACAGCUGCUUGGGCGGCUCGGCUCCGCUGUACGCGGCGCAGUCGGCGGUGCUGCCCCUCCUCGCGAAUGAGAGCGAGGGAGACGGCGGAGGCAACGAGGGCAACGAGGGCGGUGAUGGAGAGGGCAGCCCGCCGCCGCCGAUGGCACCGAUGGGCCUCGCGGCUGCCGAGGGAGGGGAGCCGUCGCUCGACUCGGCGCCCUCGGCAAUGGAGAUGGACACGGCACUUGGCGGCGGCUCGCUCGGUCGGCCGGAGGUUGCGGGUGGCGCGAGGCGGCGGCAGCGGCACCUUGUUUGCUGCUUGCGGCUGCUCAUGCUGGAAGGGCUGGAGGGGCUGUCCAACACAUCCGGAAUCACGGCACUCCCAUACCUGCAGCUGCUUGUGCAGUUUGCAGGGACCGAGCCGCCGGCAGCCCUGCACGCCCCCUCCGCCGCCACGGUCCUUCCGGAGGGCGCUGCUGUUGCUGCGCCGGCCGGCAAGCCCGCCGGCGCCUCGGCAGAGGUGCAGGAGGCCAUCGGUUGGGGCGUCGCUGUGGCAGACGCUGUCUCUGCGCGGCUCAUGUCGGCGGGAGGCGCCGAGCAAGCGGCGUCACCUUCGGCCGCCAAGCCCGCGUACGGCCGCAUGCACGCGAGCGACCUUUUCGAGGAGGCGGCGCAGCUGCUGCUCGACGCCGCCAAGAAGCUCCUGCUCGCCCUCUGCGGCUCCAAGCCGAGGUACGCCGAGCUUCGCGACGCCGGCCUCGCCUCGAUUGAGCUCGCGCGCGUGCGGCGCGUCCUGAGCGAGGCGCGCGUCCUCGACGCCUCGCCGCCGCACGAGGGCGCGGCGCCGGACGGCCAGCGCAUUGGCGGAGACGCUGCCGGCGGUGUCGAUGCCGGGGGCGGCGGGAUCUGGAUCGCGACCCUCCCAUUCCUGCUGCGCGCGACGUUUGCCUUGCGCGGCGAGAGCUCGCUGCUGCACCCGCUGCUUGCCGCGGCGCAGCUGGCGCGCUUCGUCCGCCUGUUUGCGCUCUGCGGCCGGGCGUGCAUCCGCGCCGAGGCUUGCGCCGUGGUUGCCGGCUUGUGGGCGCACGCCACGCGGGAGCAGCGCUGCUCCAUCUACGCCUCGCUGCGCGCGGUGCUCCCCGCGCUCCCCCAGCAGGGCGCCGCGUCGCACGAGCUCAUCGUCCUGCUGGGCAAUUUGCUCCUUCCGGCCGCCGCGUCCGCCGCCGCCUCUGGCGCGGUGACCGACGCAGGGCUCCCGCCGCACAUGGCGAGCCACGUGAUGGACUCGUUUGUCGCCGCGCUGCGCGCGCAGCAUCAGCUGCUGAGCGCGCACCCGAACGCGGGCACCUACGCCGCGCUCGGCUCGCUGGUCGAAGUCGAUGGCCACUACCUCGAGACGGCGCCCGCGCACGCGUCGGCCCGGCCGGAGGCCGCGCCGACGCAGGUCAAGCUCGAGUCGCUGCAGGCCGAGACCAAGUUCACCGAGAAUUGCCAGAUCGUGCGGCUCUCCGCGUCGCACACGCUGCACGGCGGCGUGCUGCGGAUCGCCGACGUGCGCCGCUCCAUGAUGGUCGCGAGCAUCCGCCUCUACGCGCACAACAAGCCCGUCGCCGACGCGGGCGAGCUCAAGGGGCGGUGGGACCUGUGGCGACGCGUCAAGACGCUCCCGGUGGCGGCCGGGCAGGCGGAGGUGCGCUUCGACUUUAGCGUGCCCGUCGUCGCCACCAACCUGCUGAUCGAGUAUGCAACCUUCCACGAGCCGGCCGUCGGUGCGUCCGAGAAGCUCCAGUGUCCGCGCUGCUCGCGCUCGGUGGCCGAUCGGCACGGCAUCUGCCGCCACUGCGGCGACAACGCCUACCAGUGCCGCCACUGCCGCAACAUCAACUACGAGCACCUCGACGCCUUUCUGUGCAACGAGUGCGGCUUCUGCAAGCACAGCCGCUUCGAGUGGCUGCUGCAGGUCCGCCCCUCUUACGUCGUCGAGCGGAUCACGACCGAGGCGGAGAAGAAGCGACUCGUCGGCAUGUGCCUCUCGCUCUUCUGCCGCCUCGCCGGCGAGGACGCGGCGAUGCGCGACGCGCUGCUCGCGCGCGGGCUGCUCGAGGAGGUGUUUGCAAACUGCCUGAUCAACGCGCCGCGCCGGUGCGUCGGGCCGGCGACGCGGCUGCUCUGCACGCUCAGCCUCGGCUCGGAGGCUGCGACGACCGCGCUGCAGCGGCGGCUCUCCGCGCGGCUGCAGCUCUGCCUGCUCCACCACUCUGCGCUGCCGCAAGAGGAGCUGCUCGCGCCAGAGGUGACCCUCCUCUGCGACCUCGCGUCGAUGCACGACGACCUCUGGCCCCAGCGGCUCGCGAUGCUGCUCGGGGCGCUGCGCAGCGGCAUCCGGCUCGUCUCGGCGCCGCCGCCGUCCUCCGACGCGGCGCAGCGCCCCUCCACCUCCUUCUUGUGCCGCCGGCUCGUGCUCCCUUGCCUGCGCGUGCUGCUCGCCACCAUAGCGCCGCCCGCCCCUGUCGUACCGCCGAUGCCGUCCGGGGCAGCCUCGCCCACCCUCACCGAGCUCGCCGGCGCCGGAGGCAGCGGCGCUCUCAUCGCGCCGGCCUUCAUGCGGCGGGCGGUGGCGGCGGGCGGGCUGGCCUCGGCCGAGUACUUUGAGCUGCUCCGCGGCCUCGCCGCGCCCGCGUCGCGCCGCCUCUUUCUCGUCGCGCGCGGCACUCUCCCCCACCUCGUCGCGCUGGUCGACGAGGAGGCGCGCGCGGUGCGGGCCGUCGAGGAGGCGGACGGCGUGCUCGACCUGCUGCAGGGGCGCACGCUGCGCGCCCUGGUCGAGCUCCUCGCCUCGCUCGUCGAGCCGCCGACAUCGGACUCGGAGCGCCGCCGCUUCCUCGCCGCCUGCGUCGCCGCCGUGCGGGAGCACCGGCUGUGCGGCCUCGUCUGCCCAGAGCGGCCCGAGCCGGACUACCCGCUGCAGCUGAGCAAGGCUCCGACGCAGGAGGAGUUCAUCCGCGGCGCGAUGACCAAGAACCCGUACAUGAAGUCCUCGCUCGGCCCGCUGAUGCGCGACGUCAAGAACCGGAUCUGCCGCGACCUCGACAUGGUGGGCCUCAUCGAGGACGACAACGGGAUGGAGCUGCUCGUGGCGGGCAAGAUCGUGAAGCUCGACCUCCCCGUCGCGGCCGUGUACGAGCAGGGCCUGGACGGCGAGGCGACCGAGGAGAUCGUCGAGGCCAUCGACGAGGAGGCGGCCGAAGAGACGGACCCGGAGGCGGAGUUUGCCCUCUCGGCGGUGGUUGGCGAGGAGGGCGGCCUCGAGCUGCUGCUGCGGCUGCUCGAGGUUGCGGGCAUGCCUCGCGCCGGGCAGCCGGGCGAGUGCAUCGUCCUCCUCCUCAAGCUGCUGCACGCCUGCUGCCGCAUCCGCGCCAACCGGCGCCGCGUCCUCGCGCUCGGAGGCACCGCGCGGCUGCUUCGCCUGUACGCGCACUUUGAGCUCUACGCCGACUUUGGCGCCUGCGACGCCGCCGGAGACGCGGCAGGUCGCCACGCCUUUUGGCUCGAGUGCCUCGUCGGGCUGCUGACCGAGCCGCAGUCUCGCGUUGCGGCCGAGGCGGGGCUGGCGCGAGCGGGGGCGGCCUACCUGCUGUCGGCCUUCGCCGCCGAGCGGCAGGGCGCGACGGCGGCGCAGUGGGCCGAGGCGCUCAGCCGGCCCGCGCUUCCGUUUGUGCUGCAGCUGCUCGGGUCGCUCGCGCGCACGCACGCCGGCACGCAGCAGCUGCUGCUCGCGCCCGAGGUGAUGGGGACGAUCCACGCGCUGGAGCAGCACUCCUCCUCCGCCUCGAAGGCGAUCGGCACGUGGGCCGAGGCGCUGCUCGAGGCGAUGCGCGACGCCGGGCUCGCCGCCACCGUCGACCGGCUGCGCCAGUCGACGCAGGCGUCCAAGCGCAAGGCGGCGCUCGACCAGCGGCAGCGCAUUCUGUCCUCGAUGGGAAUGUCGGCCGCGGCGGGCGACGGCAAGGGCCCCGGCUCGAAGCGCGUGGUCGUCUCGGCGGCGGCGACCGCGGCGCUGAUCGGCGACCUGCAGGAGGAGGUUGGCCACGUGUGCGUCGUGUGCGGCGAGGGGGAGGCGUACCGGCCGGGCGAGACGCUCGGCGUGUAUGUCUUCACCAAGCGCGUGCCCCUCCCGAGCCUGUGCGAGCCGUGCGGAGGGGCGGCGUCGGCCGCGCACGCCUCGCCGGUGAGCCGGGGCUCCCCCUUCUUACCGUACGGCAGCGCGCUCGGCAGCCUCGGGCUGGGCGGCGCGGUGGCGCCGUCCGAGGCGUGCCACACCACGGUCAGCCACUUCAACACGAUCCACGUGCGCUGCCACCGCGAGGCGGCGACGGCGGAGCGCUCGCUCAAGCAGCCGAAGCAGGAGUGGGAGGGCGCCACCCUGCGCAACUCGCGCACCCGCGCCAACGGGCUCCUCCCCUUUUGGGGCGCCACCGUCGGCGAGGAGGCCUAUGGCGCGUGCGUCGAGCAGUUUUGGGCGCAGGCGCAGUCGACGGGCCGCGCCGACGCGCCGCGGCCAAAGCUGCUCGCGCACAACCUGCGGCUGCUGCUGCUCCGCUUCGCGUGCGAGGAGCAGUUCUCGCACGACGCGCGCGGCGGCGGCCGCGAGUCCAACAUCCGGCUGCUGCCGUACCUCGUGCAGAUGGCGUCCUACUUUCUCGACGCCAAGGGCGAGGCGCAGCGCCGCUCGCACCGCCGCUCGCUCGCCGCCUUUCGGCUGCGGCAGCACGACCAGGCGGUCCUUUCCGAGCUCGCCUCGCUGCUGGCCGACUACGAGGCGGAGCUGCUCACGAUGGCGGACCUGGACGAGGCGUUCGACGUCCUCGGCCUGACCGCGCUGGCGCUGGAGGCGGGCUCCGUGUCCGAGUUUGUGGCGCGGGCGAAAAGCGCCGGGUAG